AUGGAUCCCCCGAAAAUCGCUGGGUCAAGACCACCUGCCCAGAACAUUAACGCCACAGCUCUGACCUCGUCGGUCAAUUCGAUCUCCGCGCUUACAAGUAUCGCCCCAUCACUUACCGCUCCGCACCAUGCCCAUCCAUCCGUGAUGGAUGUUGAUAAAGCCGAAGAUCGAUCCCGUCGAGCUGCCAGUGUAUUAUCCAUGGAUGAUCUGGAGGCUGCGCAGGCCCUUGAGGGACUUCGUUCUGAUUUUGGACACUCCCCUCAGACAACUCGACAAUCCGGUGCUUCACCGGACCCACCACCACCAGAGCCACUAUUGUCUCUGCUCACUUCCUCCCAUCCCCUUAUCUCCUCUGCAAUCAACGGCUCGGUAACUGCAUACGCAACCUCGAAAUCCUACUCACCGCGAUUCAAGUCCGGUGCCGAGUUCAUCGAGCGUAAUAUCGGGUCACCCGUCGCGAACACUGUCGGCACGGUAGGCCGCAAGACUGGUGUCGAGAGCGGUCUCCGUUGGGCGCUGCAACGGCGAGAUUCUUCGGGCGUCAAACACUCCAAGAAAAGACGGAAGAUGGAUGGGGAUGUGUCGCCGAGGACCGCCGACGUGGAGGGGGGACAAGAGGGAUUAUCGCACUCCCCGCGCACACGGAGUAUGUCCGAUCUCUCUACAUCUGAGUCGCUUCCGCCAUACGACGAAACGAGGUCUCCACACUACGAAGAGAAACCAGAGAGACGGACGCCAGCGACCUGGCAAAGCCGACUCGUCAUUUCCACUUCCGGUCUCGGAGUUGCCAUGAGCGAGGAAUCGCUGCGGAGCUUGCAAUACUGUCUGACCUGGCUACGAUGGGCAAAUGGCCGACUGGGCAAGUCAAUUGUAGCGCUACACGGUGCUGUCAAUGAAUGGGAAAAUCACAAAGCGCAGUCUCAGGCCGAUGUCGAGGCCGGAGGCAAUGGCCAGGAGAGCGCUUCCUUGCUGCUCCAGCGCAUCCAAGCCGUCAAGGCCGAUGUGCUCUCGACCUUGAAACAGGUCGUGGAUGUGGUUUCCAAGUACGCGGGAGGUGCCCUCCCAGAAAAUGCGCGCCAUCUGGUGCGUCGACACUUGACGUCUCUGCCACACCGCUUCCAGGUUGCGUCCACGUCGCAGCCACCACCCGACUCGCCGGCUGCCUCGUCAGAUGCCACUGUCAGUGCUCAUCGUAUUUUGGUGCUGGCUCAAGAGGGUCUGGAUAUGAUGGCGCAGGUCAGCAACGUCGUCAAUGACACUUUGGUUAGCGCUGAGCACUGGUGCGAUCGAUUUGGCCGGAAACGACCUGAACACCGAACUUCAUCCGCUAUGCCAGAGAAGCAGGGUGAAGCUGCCCCUGAUGCUCAAACAUAUGGCGUGGAUAUCAAGCACCCUAUCCUCCCUGAAAAUUCGAUCCAAGACGACGUCCCGAUGUCGGGUGUGGACAAGGUAUGA